AAUAUCACAGCGCAUGCGUGUUCUGCCUUCCCCUUCGGUCAUUCGAGACAGUCGGAAGAUUUCGGUAGCAAGUUAAAAUCCGGUUUUUAUCAAAAAUCGAAUGACCUUCAAAGAACGAAAGAACGUUCUGUUAAAAUUCACAAAGUCAACUUUAUAUGUUGCAUAUAAUAUUGCAAAUAUACUUUAAUGCAAUCAUUAAAAGUAAUUUUUAUGUAAUUUAUUGCAUUAAAAUGUUGAACUUGAAGAAUUAAUUAUUUUUUCUCUACUCAAAAUAACAAAGCUGUCCCAGUAUAAUGAUAGAGAAAAACUAUUCAUUUCUAUUUAGUAUUUUGACAAUGACAAAUUACCAGCUUUAUCCUCAUUCAAAUUUGUCUUAAUUUCAGUCUAAAAAUUCAUCAUGUCUGAUUUGAAAAUUGGUAUCAACGGCUUUGGUCGUAUCGGAAGAUUGGUUAUGAGAGCCGCUUUGAUGAAGAACGUUGAUGUUGUUGCCAUCAACGAUCCCUUCAUUGAAUUAGAAUACAUGGUUUACAUGUUCAAAUAUGAUACUACUCAUGGUCGCUUCCCUGGUGAAGUUCGUCAUGAGAACGGCAAACUUAUCAUUAAUGGUAAGUCAAUCCGUGUCUUUAACGAAAUGAAGCCAACUGAAAUCAAGUGGGGAGAAGCUGGCGCCGAAUAUGUCGUCGAAUCCACUGGUGUUUUCACCACUCUCGAAAAGGCCAAGUGCCAUAUUGAAGGUGGAGCCAAGAGAGUUGUUAUCUCUGCUCCUUCUGCCGAUGCUCCCAUGUUUGUUAUGGGUGUCAACGAGGGCAAAUAUGACCCAAGCAAAGAUACCAUUGUUUCAAACGCCAGUUGCACAACCAACUGUUUGGCUCCUCUUGCUAAAGUUGUCAACGAUAAAUUCGGCAUUGUUGAAGGUUUGAUGACAACCGUACAUGCUUACACGGCCACCCAGAAGGUCGUAGAUGGACCCAGCAACAAGGACUGGAGAGGUGGAAGAACUGCAGCCCAAAACAUCAUCCCAUCCUCAACCGGAGCCGCUAAGGCCGUAGGAAAGGUCAUCCCUGACUUGAAUGGAAAAUUAACUGGCAUGGCCUUCCGUGUUCCAGUUCAAGAUGUUUCAGUUGUUGAUCUGACUUGCAGGUUACAAAAGCCAGCUUCCUACGAAGCCGUUAAAGCUGCAAUCAAGGCUGCCUCUGAAGGUGAAAUGAAAGGCGUUCUUGAAUAUACCGAAGAUGCUGUUGUUAGCUCCGACUUUAUCGGCUGCAAUGCUUCCUCUAUCUUUGAUGCAAAGGCUGGAAUUGCUCUAAACGACAACUUUGUAAAAUUGGUCAGCUGGUAUGAUAAUGAGUUUGGAUACAGCAACAGAGUAAUCGACCUUCUUAAGUACAUGAAGAGCAAGGAGUAAAGAAUGAACAUGUAUUUAGUAUCGUGUGUUUAAUGCAUGCUUAUUUUCCCUUACGUAGGGUAAUUUGGUGUUUAGAAACAGCCGGUAUUCUACUCCUUUUCGUUGCUAAUAAAUGUGCACAAAAAUUAAAUUAUGUCUUAUUUUACAAUAUUUCGGAAAAUAAAUCAGCA